AUGGAGAGAGGCAUUGUUGCAAAACUUAGACCAGAAACUAACAUCGAAGACAAAAGCGAUGAAGAAAUAACUGUGGAGGAACUUGAGAGGAGAAUAUUGAGUAAUAGUAUAUUAUUGAAGCGGCUUAAGGAAGAGAACAUGGAAAAGGAGAAUGGGAAUUUGCAAUCAUCAAACCAAGUGAAAGGGAAGAUCAUGAGUAGAGCACUAGAUGGUAUAUUGAAUCAUAUGUUUAAGAUGGUGGAUAUUUGCAAUGCUCAAGGAUUUGUCUUUGGCAUUAUUCCUGAAGAAGGGAACCCAAUCACACAUUCUUCUGAUAAUCUUAGAGUUUGGUGGAAGGAAAAGGUAAAGUUUGAUCGUAAUGGCCCUGCUGCAAUAGCCAAGUUUGAAGCAGAGGAAGGAGUUGCUACAAACAAUGAAGGGUUGAAUAGAGAUGCAAUAACUUCUCACACCUUGAAUGAACUCCAAGACACUACUCUUGGAUCACUUUUGUCUACACUAAUGCACCAUUGUGACCCAUCACAGAGGAAGUUCCCUUUUGAGAGUGGUGUUCCUCCACCAUGGUGGCCUAAAGGAAAUGAAGAAUGGUGGCCUCAAUUGGGUUUUGAAAAGGAUCCAGGUCCACCUCCUUAUAAGAAGCCUCAUGAUUUGAAAAAGGCUUGGAAGGUGGUUGUUCUCACAGGUGUGAUUAAGCAUAUAUCCCCUAAUAUUGAAAAGAUAAGAAGGGCUGUACGUCAAUCUAAGUUCCUACAAGACAAGGUGACUGCUAAGGAAGCUGCUAUUUUAGUGGCUAUUAUAAACCAAGAGGAAUUCUUAGCUAAACAGAAGUAUCCGAUAAGGUUUGCACCUUUUUUAGAUGGAAACAAUGGGACUAAUCUGCUCAAUGAGAUCAAUGAUUAUGAUGUUGAAGACAAUGCUGAUGAUACAAAUAAUGUGGAAAAGCACAAUCAACCCCUCAAUACUAAUAUAGUUCAAAUGCAACCAAAUGUGGCAACAGACAACAUUGUUAUGAGGCCAGUUGCUACAAAGAGAACCAGACUGCUAGGUUGUGAUGACAUUUAUACAUGUAAAAAUCCUCAAUGCCCUUAUAAUAAUUACUACCUUGGGUUUCAUGACAAGUCUACAAGAGAUGAUCACCAAUUGAAUUGCUCAUACAGAAGUAACUCUUUCCAAAUGCUUGGGUGGUCAAAACCUCAACCUAAUCAUGCCAUCAAGUCUGAAGUGAAUUAUGAUGAUAUGGUUCCUGAUAUGGGGUCAGUUCACAAUACAGGCAAUACACAGAACAACACCAUGGUUUCUCAGAACCAUAUACCUCUUGUGAACUGGAACCAGCAACAACAAAACCUUCGACUUCAUAUGGAUAGAAAUUUCUUGGGUCAAAGAGUUAGUGUUAAUGGGAAUCUUUCUUCUGAAUUAACCAAAUUCCCUGCACCAUCCUCUGAACCUCAGCUUGAAAUAAAACCAUCUGUUUCUCAGUUGGACGGUGCUAGAUUCAAUCAGCAAUUUACUACCUCUACCAUGGACCCAUCAUCAAGUAAAAUUUUCACUAGAAGGUACAAUUAA